CCUCCUACCAUAGAGUCGCGCUGGAAACAGAAGAUAGAGGGAGUGUAGGAGCUCGCCAUCUCCAAGCGAUCUACAUUGGGAAAAACAUGGAGUCCGCUCCGGCAGCCCCCGACCCAGCCGCCAGCGAGCCGGGCAGCAGCGUCUCCGAGGCGGCCCCCGGCGCCAGGGACCCCGCGGCCAGCCUGGAGCCGUCGCGGAAAGGCGAGGCGCCGGCCCCCGCGCGCAGGCAGAGCUACUCCAGCGGCGGCGGCGGCGGCGGCAGAGGUAUUUCUGUAACAAAGAAGACUCAUACAUCUCAAAUUGAAAUUAUUCCAUGCAAGAUCUGUGGAGACAAAUCAUCAGGAAUCCAUUAUGGUGUCAUUACAUGUGAAGGCUGCAAGGGCUUUUUCAGGAGGAGUCAGCAAAGCAAUGCCACGUACUCCUGUCCUCGUCAGAAGAACUGCUUGAUUGACCGAACUAGUAGAAACCGUUGCCAACACUGUCGAUUACAGAAAUGUCUUGCGGUGGGGAUGUCUCGAGAUGCUGUAAAAUUUGGUCGAAUGUCAAAGAAGCAGAGGGACAGCUUGUACGCAGAGGUUCAGAAACAUCGAAUGCAGCAGCAACAGCGAGAUCACCAGCAGCAACCUGGAGAAGCAGAACCACUAACACCAACGUACAAUAUCACCACCAAUGGGCUAACAGAGCUACACGAUGACCUCAGUAAUUACAUUGAUGGGCAUACCCCAGAAGGUAGCAAAGCAGACUCUGCCGUUAGCAGCUUCUACUUAGACAUACAACCUUCUCCAGAUCAGUCGGGGCUUGAUAUUAAUGGAAUCAAACCAGAACCAAUAUGUGACUACACACCAGCAUCGGGCUUCUUCCCUUAUUGUUCUUUUACAAAUGGGGAGACCUCUCCAACUGUUUCCAUGGCAGAAUUAGAACAUCUUGCACAGAAUAUUUCUAAGUCACACAUGGAAACUUGUCAAUACUUGAGAGAGGAGCUACAGCAGAUAACAUGGCAAACUUUUCUACAGGAAGAAAUAGAGAACUACCAAAACAAGCAGAGGGAGGUUAUGUGGCAGUUAUGUGCAGUCAAAAUAACAGAAGCUAUCCAGUAUGUGGUGGAAUUCGCCAAACGCAUUGAUGGCUUUAUGGAACUGUGUCAAAAUGAUCAAAUUGUGCUUUUAAAAGCAGGAUCUUUAGAGGUUGUGUUUAUCAGAAUGUGUCGUGCCUUUGACUCCCAGAACAACACAGUAUAUUUUGAUGGCAAGUAUGCUAGCCCAGAUGUUUUCAAAUCAUUAGGUUGUGAAGACUUCAUUAGUUUUGUGUUUGAAUUUGGAAAGAGUUUAUGUUCUAUGCACCUGACAGAAGAUGAAAUAGCUUUGUUUUCUGCAUUUGUUUUAAUGUCUGCAGAUCGUUCAUGGCUUCAGGAGAAGGUAAAAAUUGAAAAACUCCAACAGAAGAUUCAGCUUGCCCUUCAGCACGUCCUGCAGAAGAAUCAUCGAGAAGAUGGAAUCUUAACAAAGUUAAUAUGCAAAGUGUCUACUUUGAGAGCACUGUGUGGACGGCAUACAGAAAAGCUUAUGGCAUUUAAAGCAAUAUACCCAGACAUUGUGCGACUUCAUUUUCCUCCAUUGUACAAGGAGUUGUUCACUUCAGAAUUUGAGCCAGCGAUGCAACUUGAUGGGUAAAUGUUAUCACCUAAGCACUUCUAGAAUGUCUGAAGUACAAACAUUACAAAAAAAAAAAAAAAGAAAAGGAAAAGGAAAAAAAAUAAAGAAAACCAAGACACUUUAUAUGGCCCUGCACAGACCUAGGGAGCCAACACACUGCACAUCUUUUGGCAGUCGGGGUCAGGCGAAGGAUGGGAAACAAUGAAACAAAGUUGAACUUGUUUUUCUCAUGCAUAUGAUUUCCAUUAUGCCUACAAAUAUGGACCCUUUUCUGUCUCAACUUCUUGAUCUUUGACCUCUGUUUACACAGAAUGAGGGUACUAAAGUCAGAAGGUUGCUUUUUUCUAGUUGUUCACUGCCCACAGACUUAACAGAACAAUCAGUUUGUUGAUCAGAACAUUGAGUCCAGCUAGUAACCAGUGACUGGUGUGCAUUGCAGAGGUUUCAGCAUCAGUUUGCACAACUUGUUCAUUGUUUCAUGAAGGACAAUUUAUUCACCUACCAUUGAUUGCCAGUAGGCAGAUGGCAAGAAAAGGGUCCAUAGCAAUAGCAACAAUAGCAUUAUAAUAUAUUACAGGGUAAAUGGGCAUGAAGACUAUAUAUAGCAAAAGAGAUAUUGUUUAUAUAUUGUUUUAAUUAAUAUAAAAUGUAGUUACUGGUAUAGCUUUUCUUGUUGAAUUGAUAAGGCACUUUCAUUUUGCACCUUUUUCUUUAAAUUAAAUGCUAGCGUGUUCAUUGUCGUGUUGCAUGUGCACCAGAAAUUCAAGUUUAACGGAGAGGUUUGGAUGGUACUGGUACAAUGGGAGGUAUUUAUGCUGCUGUUACUAUUACAAUGUUACUAUUAGAGAGAGGCUGGUCAUAUCCUGAAAUGAUUACAGAUUUGUAGUUUGAAAACAAUGACAUUUUAAAGUCAGAAUUUGUUUCUAUGCUGGUUUUAAAAAGCUGCUCUUAUUUUUACACAGAAUGCAAAUUUUUCAAACCUGGAUGUAUAAAAUUGAACGUCUAAAUCCAUAUUUGGACACCCAAAUAAACAGCCUAAUUUUCAAAGGCACUGAGUACCCAAAGGCAAAGAUUUUGCUCAGUGUUCACAAAUCAAUCACAGCUGCAAAUGCGUAGCUCUCUUGAAAAUCAGGCUGUUAAAUAAGGUGUAUAAAUAGGGAUAUAGAUGCCUGACUCUAUGAACCUAGGUUUGAAGAUAUUGAACCAAGGUUAUACAGUAAAAGUAUAACGUAACACAUACAUAUGUAUAAAAUAAUGCGUGUGCAUGUUACACAGCUACAUGCUUUUAUGGAAAACAAUGCACUCCAUAUGGUAAACAAUGCACUUAAAGCAAAAACCUCAGUCUGUUGAAGUCUGUGGGAGUUUUGCUGUUGACUUCAGUAAGAUGAGGUAAUGGCCCUAUUUUCCAAAAAUCAGUUCUGCCCAACACAGAUUAAUCCUUUGCUUUAGAGCAGAUUUGUAUGGCUCCAAAAAUAAUUAGAUGUAUUUGGAAACACUCACUUUAAGACUUACAAAAUGAGUAAGUACACACUGAUGAAUUAAAGGCACACUCCAUGUGUUAAAACCUGCCAUGUAUUUAAGAUUGUAUAUGAAAUCUGGAAACUAGGAGUGGGGUAGAGCAGUGUUUCCCAAUCUUUUUCAGCCCAAGGCACACUUGCAUUAAUAACAUUUUUUCCACUGCACACCUGUUAAGGCAUUCCUCAUACCUAUUGUAGCUCAUUGCCAUGGAAAAAUUCCGUGGCAUGCCUGUUCAUUUCUGACGGCACACUUUUGUGCUGUGACACACUGGUUGGGAAACACUGGGCUAGAGAAUGUGCAGGAACCAAAUUUUGCAGUCUUUACUUCUGCAAACUGCUGUGUCCUUUAGUGUUCCUGAAUAAGGAGAGCAGAAUUUGGCUGAAAGGGGUGGGAAAAGUCAGGGAUAUAGUCUCCACUUCUGCUGCAAAGGCAAGAGGUAUCCUGUAUUCAGGCUUCAUCCACUUAAAUCAUGUUACGUUGGACUGCUUAGCACUAAGUGGCAGCACUAUGAUUGUUACCUGUGUAGAUUAACUACAGAAAUCAGAGUUUCUGUCCUCUCUAACAUGCUAAUGCAAGGACAGCAGAAAAUUUAGAUAUUACAUUGAUCCCUAUCUGUUCUGGUGGCCAGAGAAUGAGUUCAGUACUGUGGGGGCCAGAGAGCACAAGGAAAUAUGUAACAUAGCUAUGCAGGUUUCAGUGGAAGGAUGGACCAGCUUUGGAAACAGAAGUUUUCUUGAAGGAGGGAGAUGCUCCCUAGAUUGGGUAUGAAGAAAAUCCUCCUCAACCUUAGUUGAAAGAGUAGGUUUAAAAUGUCAGUCUUACCCUCCCGGCUCAGCACUGAAGCAGAAUGCCGAUCCAGUGAUUCUUCUUUAGCCAGCUCAGACCCCAUCAGGCAGAAGAAAGCCUAUCUUUGUCAUGGUCUUAUCCUACGAUACAGUUGGGUUCAGUGGAAUCUGAGCUACUUCUGAUGCGACAGUCUUAAGCAGCUGUAGCUUACCUGAAAGGGCAUUUAACAGUUACAGAAAAAUAGGAACUACCUCCUUUAAACUGGAAGCAACUGGGGAACUGAGCUAGGAUGAGAGCAAUGUGAAGCAGUGUCCCUAAAAAACAAGGUAGUUACUGAGCAUGUAUGUAUUGUUCAAUGAUGUUGCCUACAGGUCAUAACUGCAUUGGGCCAUAUCAUGCCAGACACUGUGUAAGUGUUUAAAUUGAGUCCAUACCUCAGAUUUCUUGAGGUAACUACACACUCGAAAUACUUUUGUUUUCCAGGGUUGGUGUGUGUAAGAUUAUGUAGUAGUCAUUUUGUGGUUCUCAUACUAAGGCAGUCCCUGUUUCUUCAGUUAUGAUCAAGUUUCUUUGUUUAUUUUUGUUUUUUGGGUUGUUUGUUUUUUUGGUUGGGGGUGGGAUUUUGAGAAAGGAGAUAGAGAAAUUUAAGGAGAACGUAUGGUAUAUGAUUAAUCCUUGGUAUGUAAUCUCCCAAGUAAAACCUACCUAACCCUCGCCUUUAACAUAGAAGUGGCAGCCAUGGUAUAUUUACUUCGUUAAACAGUAACUGAGAAUUAAUUCAGCACCUUAUCUUAAAGGGACACUAACAACUUAAAUGUUUUUAAAAAUCCUUUUUUUUUUUUUUUGAAAAAAAAAAAUUAAAAAUAUAUAUUUCCAGAUUUUUAAUUAAAAUAUGUGAGAAUAAAUGAAGGGUUUUUUUCUUUUGUUUUUUGGUUUGGGUUUUGUUCUCAUUGAUUUUUAGAAUGGCCUUUAGGCAACAGGAAAAACAGGAGAAAAAAAGGAAAACACUGAAUUUUUCUGUGCACAAAAUGCUGUCACAUGCAGAAAAGUAAACAAACUAAUAAUAUUUUUUGCUGUCUUACUUCAUUUGCAGUCCUGGUAGUUGUUAUAAGUCCCUAUUAGAAAACAGAAGAAAAUAUAUUUGUGAUUUUCAAGUUAAUGGUGUAUCUUUCUUUUUAACAGAUGGAGCUGAAUUCCCCCUAUAGGUACUGUAGUGAUUGAGAUGCAACUAGGUGGAGAUGGAGCAAGCACUUUGGUAUAUAACUGUUGUAAGAGGGGAAUGAGAGCCAUAGAUUAUUUAUAGGCAAGAUUGUUUCCUUUUGUGUCAAUAGCCUGUGAUCCCAGGUUACAUUUCUGUAGCGCUGCCACAGUAGUUUGGAAGCUCUCUGAGGGAUGGUGCCUCAGGUGGUGCAUUCUACAUAGCGUUGUGUUAGUUGAGGGAGAUAGGAUGGUAUCUUCAGCUCUUUCAUGGCAACGUGGAUGUUUAGGAAAGGAAUUGUCCCUGCACAUGCCUGGAUACAGGAGCUGUGGUUGUGAGUGGCUUUAUCAAAGAGUAUGGAGGAGGCCAUGUACAUCCUUCAUUCCGUCCUGCAUGCCCCACAUGGGCCACUCAUAGUCUAGGUCUCAGUCUCACCAUCUUAUCAGCUUGCUUUUUCAGGAAUCAUUGUUUGCUUUAUUGGAGUAACUGGCAUGAUAUGGCAGCUCUGUUCUAAUCUAGGAGUUUGUUUUUAUGAUUAAAACCAAGCUUUCUGCUAACAAAAGUUUUCUACUAACAAAAAUUUUCUGAAUGUGACCAGCCUCAGGUGCUAGCCUAUUAAAGAUCAACUAAACUUAAUUUCAGUGUCAGCUAAUGGAUAGUGGUGUCAGACUGGACCUUCUCUAGAGAGAGAGACAGAUUCUGAUUUUUGACAGCAAGUAGGGGAUACCCAUGUUAAGUAUUUUGGAACUGAUUUUUAAUCAUGUCCUCCUCCUCACCUGAUCUCUAGAUGCAAAACAAAGAUGAUUGGCAUUUAGGUUUUAGUGUUUGCACCCACAAAUCAAUAGGAAUAUAAAAUAUAUGAGUAAUUAUACUUGUGCCCAUAAAAUUGAAAUUAAGAAGCCUCGCUGAAUGUCAAAUCCUUCGUAUCUAAAAUUAAUUGUGGCACAAUGUUUAAAGGUGUUAAGCUUCUUGGAGGCUCUUUUUUCUUCAUUGGAGCUAUUGAGUGUUCGGCAUCUUGCAAAAUCAGGCCAUUUAGCAUCUUCUCCAACCAAAGUGUGUGUUCCUAAUCACAGUAAGUAGUCACUUGGAGAGGCAUCAAAUAAAAACAAGUAUAGCAAGGUGGUAGGUAUUCUUAAAAGUAUUGUUGCCAAGAGACUUUUAAUGAGAUGUGGAAUGAUUCUAGGUGCAGCUAGUCACAAUUAAGUCUAGAUGACCUAUACCCUGUUAAGACUAGGACCCAAGAUCAGAAGUUCAACAAAUGAUUCAGUGGCAGAACACACUUGGGCUCUGUCAAGUGAAUGACAGAUGUAUUAAACUUCCAUAGUCUGCUCCAUUUAGUAAAAAAAAUUGAAACUACAGAAGAUUCAGGAAUAAUUAUUCCUUUUAAAUUAGCUGUUCAUAAUAAAAUGGUUGUUUUGGGCUUUUGGCAUUUGAACAUUCUUUAGCUGUUUUAUAGAAGAGGUACUACAGAACAGUGUCAUUUUGAUUACUAUAAUGAACAUUCAUAUACCUGACACCGUUCCCCUUUUUAAUAACAAUGGGAUUAGAUGAUGGAGAAAACUGUCUUUUAAGUUUGGUUGUUCUUUAUAAAAGCUUAUAUAUCAUAGUAUGGAUACCAAGGCCUGAGAGUGUUUGUGAGUGCGUGCGCAUGGAUGUAUGGGUGUGAAUGGCUGCUUCUAGGCUGUUUAGUGUCAAUGGAAUAAAGAAAAUGUAUUCAAAAUACUUAAGUCAAAAAUAGAAGGUGGAAAAAAGAUUUAUUCUAUACAAAGCCUUGUCUGGACCACUUUAGAGAGACUUCUAUUUUUUUAACCCUUCUAUAAAUAUUUGAUGGCACUUGAAAUAUUCCUGCAAUAAAAUGUGAUUUGUGUAAACAUAAAAAAAAGAUUUUGUAAUGUGAAACAAUGAAAGAAAGUAAUGUAAUUUUUCUAAAAAACAAAAACAAAAAACAAAUGAACGAACUUUGUAUUAUUUUCUUGAUGGAAUUUGUCUAUUUGUCUUUGGAAGACUUUUUAUUUCAUUGAAUGUGCCAUAGUAGAAAUGUGUUUUUUUGGGGUUUUUUUUUCUUUUCAUUUUUUUUUUUAUGUUUUAGAUUAAAGGAAAAGCUGUUUGUGUUACGACAUUCCAAAAUGCAAGAUGACAUAGAAUAAUGAUUAAAAGGGUUGAUUAGUAAGCUUCAAUCAUUGUUGCUUUUUUGCACAUGUUCUUCAUUCCUCUAUAGUGCAAUAUGUACAUAGAGCACUUGCAGGUGUAACCUUGAUCCCUCAGGGAAAAUACAUAUUUGUACAGGACUUUUCUUUUGCCUUUUUUUCUUUUUUUUUCUCGUUUUUCUUUUCUUUGUUUUUCUUUUCUUUUUUUUUUUGCUAAGGAAUGUCGAUUUAAAUCAUUUGUCUGUUGUUGAGGGGCAGCCAGAUAAUAAUCCUAAGCCACUGUCACAAAAUAUUGGUUGUUUAAUCAUUUUGUGCCCUUGCAUUAUUUAAAAAAGAAAAAUAAAUGUUAUUUUCCGACAGUUCUUUGUGCUGAUUGGUGAAGAAAAGGGUAAAUAGAUAAGCACCUUAUGAUUGACUUAACUGUGAAUGACAAUCCAUCUUGUUAUCAACAAUAGAAGCCCUAUCAUUUUGGAGUUGGGGUUAAGAGUCAGAAACGAAUGUGCUCAGGGAUCUUCUAAAACUCUUCAACAGGGUGGCCAGUACUACUGGGACAAAUUGCUUUUGGAAAAAAUAUAAUAUCCCUCCAAGGCACAAGUGAACUGUGUAGAAGUUUUCUAAACACUCCAUGUGUGCCUCAUACAAUUAUUUGAAUUUCAGCCCACAUGCUCAGUUUUAUUUUACUCAAAAUUAAAAAAAAAAGUAGAACUCCAAAAAUAAUGCAAACUUCUACAAACAUGCAUAGAAAACCAUUCGUUUUGCAUCCACAACCAGAUCAUUAUUCAAAUUACGUUUCAGUACCCAGUUUACCAUUUCUUAAUCGUAAGAGUAUUAGCUUAAAAAUUGAACUUCAGUUUUUUGCAACUCAGUAUUUAAUUUGUUCUUGUAUUUAAAUUGUCUUCAGUAUCUAAAUUGUUGUUUAAGAGAGAAAAAUCAGGUCAUCUUAUGCAGUAUAAUAUGAGUGGAAAUACUACAAUUAUUCAAUUGUGAGUCACAUAGUAAUGAAAACAGUUAAAACCAGGAGAAUACAAGGACAACAGUUUCAGAUACCUGCCAUUUGAUGUAUUUACUUCAUGGUAAAACAAGCUUUUUAAAAGAAGCACUGUAGCUACCACUUUCUAUUUUUUUUACAUCUGACAACACUUUCAAUAGUUGUAGGAAACAGCAGUGUAAGAUAAGUGCCAAACUUCUUUAGGUUACCUUUAAACCUUCUUAAAUAGUCAAAGUAAGAUUCUAGAAGUUUAGUCCAGUUGUUCCCGCUCUGGCUUUAUUCUUUUGUACCUUGCAAAAAUAAGUAGAUUAUUUAGGUAAGCAAUUAAAAAUAAAAUGGGGAAGGUUUUGGUAUCUCUCUAGUCAGGUCAGAAGGAGGGUGUUAUUUCUCACUCAUUCUUUUGUUAUUUUACUAGUACUUGUAAAAAGUGUUAUGUUACCAGAGUUGUUUUCCCUUACCCUUUUCAGUGUAACAUUUCCAAAUACUACAUUUUUAUGUAGAGAAAUGAAUGCAGUGAUACCCACCUUGCAUCUCUGAGCUGACAGUGCAGUUUAGUUUUGAGUAGUCUUUUAAGGCAAAAAAAAAUUAACUAAGUUGAGUUUCUUGAACAGUUUUCAUUUUGUUCCAUAUGUUAGAAAAAAUCCCUAAUACCAAUUCUAAGCGUGUAAAAAGCUGAACUAAAUUACGUAAUUCUUUUCAUACUUGCAAGUGAUUCACAGAUGCGUUCAAUAUGAACAGUUUACAAGUUAAAAUUUUAUCUAUGUAUUUGGGUGGCCCAAAGUAUUUAUUGGGUUCUAUGACGACUGGCUUAUAUCUUCCCUAGACUAUAGUUAAGGGGGCUUUAUAUUGAUGUACAAACUACAUCAUUAUUAAAUGCUGAUCAAAUAAUUUGCAAUACGUUAUUUGUUCUACAUAUUUUGCCUCUCUCCCAAAAGUAGAAAAUAAAUUGAUCUGUUUAUCAGGUUAGGAAACUAAUAUUUCUUGAACAAUGUCCAGAAAUAAUUGAUAAGCAGUAUGCUUUGAAUACUUAGUAUUUGAGUUGGCUGCUUUCUAUUCCAAAUAUGUAGGUCACAUGGCAUAUUUCUUUUCCCUAAGCUGAAAAAUUUCAGAAUUUAAAUGUUAUUAUUAAAAUUAAUACUACUUUAAAUGUCAGCUUCUGUAAACAUACUUGAAUAUUAAUUUCAAGUUUGUUGUUUGUUUGUUCAUUCCUGAGAGGAAAAUCCAUUUGGUGGAAUAUUCAGGGGACAAAUAUACAAGAAAGCCAAAUGCAAUAUGAAAAAAAUAUAUAAAACUCAAAUAUUUACAGCAGAACUCUUGCAGUAUUCACUUAGCUCCUGGUACUGUGACUGUAGUAGUGCGCUGAAAUGUUGCCAAAUCACUGUUUUAGAGGGGAAAAUUAUUUAACAGGUUUUAAAGCAACAUACUUGUUAAUAUCUAGUCUGUUCUUGGAAUUUUUUUCAGGUACUAAAAUGAAAUUUGAUGUUAAAGUAAAAGCUGUAUUCUACCUUUUGUUCCAUAUGUGGACUUUUCAGACUUUUUCUUUGUUUUGGCUUUUGCAUUGUCUGUUUCAUUGGUAGAAUAUAGCAAUAAUGCUUUAGAGCAAUAAGCUGACUAUCCAAAUACAAAAUAAAACAUAAUACAGGUUUUGGUACUCAUACUUUACAUUCAGGUUUUGCUACCACAGUUUUUACUUGUAGGUAUUUCUGUCAUCUCACUGCUUGGUGCUGAACAUCACAAGAAAAUUGUUUGGCACUGCAAAAUGUACAUCAUACCACACCUUGUUUUUAUACAGCCCAUACAUGCUUUCAGUAUUCAUCUGUGCUUUUUAUGCUUGUUUUCCCCUAAGUUUUUUCCUGGAGGUCUUACAGUAAAUGCAUAAACUUUAUACAAACUUGCAAUCUGUAAUGCGCUCAGACCUAAAUGCAGAGAAUUCAUAAGCAAUACAGUGAAUUUUAUUUCACAAAAAAGGAUGUGUACUGUAUAUACCUUUAUAAAGUAAACAAAUUCCUCAUUUUCUAUGUUGAUUUUAAAACAGUUUAUAGAGCAGUGGUACAUAUUUUGACUAUUAGGACAUUAACUGGCUGCUUCUUUAUAUGUAACUGUAUUGUCUGCCUGCUCCUUUUCUGGAGAUGUGUUUUGUAUUGGAUAUUUGGGCCAAUGGGAGGCUUCAAGCUACAACGUAUUUUCCCAGUUUAAAUAUAUUUAACAUAUGACAAACCCCAGACAAGGCUUUUUAAAAUGUAUAAAGAACUGCAGUGUUAGGUGAUUUAUUUGCAAACUGUUUUCAAUGUUGUCCAUUUUUAUGGCACCUUUAACAAUAUUCUUGUUUCCAAAGUACAAAAAGGUUAAAAAUACUCUAGCCAUAACUGAAUGUCAAGCAAUAAAAACAAAUGACUUUUUGUGCAUAGAUUAAAAAAAAAACAAACAAGUUUUAGACAUCUGCAUGUAAAUGCAAUCUCUUGUUUACUGCUUUCUUAAACUUGAGCAACUGAUUCCUUAUUUUACUACUAAUCUAAGGACUUGUAAUGGCCUGUAAACAUUUUCUCUUGCUCUGUUCUUUCAACUUUAUCUUUGUCUCUGCUUUGGAGUCAUAAUAUUUAAUGUUGUUCUGCUCACCUCUAUACAGUUAACUUUUUUGCUUUCAUUCUGUAUAGAUACAGUUAUACUAUAAACAGCCUACACAGUGCAAAUAUUAUCUGUUUAUCAAAUACCACAUUAUGCUGUAUAAUAAUCUGUUUUACUAUAUAAUCUAUUUUAGAAAUAGCUGUUUAGAACUAGAGUGUGCUAUUUUUGUGUUUUUCUGAUGUGUGGUGCUAGAUAAGUUACUUUUGUGAACAAAAAACAAACAACCCCUUUUAUUCCUAGACAAUUCCACCUUUGGGUCUUGUUAAUUUCAUUGAGUAUAACUAUAAAUAUAUAUAUUUGUGUGUGUGGGUAUAUAUAAAUAUAUAUACACACAUUUCUACAUAUGCCCAACAAGUACCUGUAUCAGAGUACUAGUUUGGGACAUUUUUCUCUUUAAAUACAUAGUAUCAUUAUAUAAAUUAUUCUAUAGUACAUUUAAUAAGGAGAAAAUUACUUCAUCAGUACAGAUACUUGAUAUCAAAUGCAAUCCCUUCUAUAGUCAUUUUACUAAAAAGUGUCAUGUCUGGUUUUUACUCUGAGUUGCUAAAAUGUUUGCACUCUGUAUUUAUGUUAGAAGAAAAAUAAGUAGCAAACUCACCCAACAAUAUUCACAAUAUGCUAUAUCAUUUAAAGGUAGGUGGGUACUUGGCUUAUUGGAUAUCUCUUUUCCUGUUGGUGCUUCAGAGAUUGGAUUUAAUUAUCCUGGGUGCUUUCCACCCCUCUAAUUCUAAUAGGGCCUGAGAGUGCCCAUCAUUCCAAAUAUUACAUCUAUAAGCCUAACUCCAUUCACUGUCUGUGAAAGUUUUCUUUAAAUCUUUCAUAAUAUGUUACUGGCCAAAUUCUCUCCUUGGAUAUGCGUAUGUGCUAUCCCUUGAAACCAUAUGUGUAUAUUCAAGGAUUAGCCUGACGAAGGGUUUUUGAACCCGAAAGCUUGCUUAAUAACUAUUCUCCAACCAUUUGGGUUGGUCUAAUAAAAGAUAUCAAAUUCACCCAAGGAACCGUGUCUGCCUAUAUUCAAGGAUGGUAUUUGGCAACUAAAAUUAAUUCAGAAACAGGGUUUAUGGAGUUUUCUCAGUUACUGGUUGAUUUUCUUUUUCUUAGAAAAGUUGAAUACAUCUUAAUUUAGCUAGAAAUGUAAGUGUAUUCUUGGGGUUACACCUAGCCCAACCCCCUCUCCUUCCACAAAUAGUUUCAUCUUAAUGCUUCAAAAUUGGUGGAUAUCAAAUAUCUAACUAAGGAGUAAUUAACUUUUUAAAAUAUUUAUUAGAAUUUUUCUGUAAUAUUACUAAAUUUAUAUAAGAUCUUUAGCAAAGAUUUUUGAGCAAUUUAUUAAAUACAGUGUUUCUGUUUACUGCACUUUUUGAUAAUAAGAAGGUAGUGAAUUUUAAAGCCAUUAUUCUUGGCUUCCAUGCACUGCUUUUGUACCCUCAAUCCAAAAAAAUAUUUUUUUUAAAACAAAAAACAAGAAAAGCAGCAAACAUACAGUUAUCCUGAAAAUAAAAAUAACCAUACUACACCAUGGUUAUAUUUUCAUAAGUAUAAUUGUAAACACUAUCAGGAUAAUUACUUUUAAAACCUUUUGAAAGCUACAAUCUUAUUUAAAUGCAAGCCAUGAUGAUUUUAUUUUUAAAACCCUUCAAUGUAAAUCACCUUUUGAUACUUUCCAAAAGAAAUGGAGGAUCUCUUAAAUUUGUAUCUCCUAACAUGUACAUCAUAAACUAAAUGCUAGGAACAUAUUCUCCCUUGUUGUUUAGGUCUAAUUAUUCUAUAAAUUAUGCAGAACUAUAUAAUUUUUUUCUCCCGUAACUAAAUAUUUUAAGUAAAGAAACCAGGAUAAAUGCAGAUUACAAAUGUGUUGGUUUGAGGAUUAAGCACAUAAACUUCACAAACCUCAUUGAGUAAUGUACUCAGUUCUCUGUAAAUACAUGCAACUUAAAAUGAAGCUAUACUGUACAUGUAAAUGUGAUGUCUUAUGUGUACAGUAUGUAUAAAUUCCUUUUCUAGCAACAAUAAAGGCCUAAGCCAUCAAGAGGAAUAUUGAAGUAGUAUUGUACUAAACCUUUGCUAAUGAUCUUUACCCACAGCCACCUGACUUUUCACUUUCAUGGAUCAUCUUUCCAUCUCACCCUUAAAAUAGCUUGCUUAUAUUCAACAGUUUAUUUUAUUCUGAGUCCUGAAAAAAAAGUAUUUUGAUUCAUUUUUGUAAAUACAGCUGUAAAAAUAAGAGAUUUAAUGUUGUCUUUUAAAUACUCCAAUUUUCAUUCUAAUAUGAAUGUUGUUAUAUUGUACUUUAGAAACUGUACCUUUAAUAUUACAUUACCUUUAUUAAGUGCAUCGAACACAUCGAUUUUAGAUGUGCUUUAUGUACUGUUAUCCUGUAAUAAAACUUCAGCUUCUAAUGGAAA